AUGGCAGGCUGGGCGCUGUGCAUGACGCUGGUGCUGGCAGUGCUGGCAGGGGCGGAGGGCGAGACGCGCUACGAGAAGUUCCUGCGGCAGCACGUGGACAGCCCGCGGACGUCCACGCUGGCGGCGCACCGCUACUGCGAGACCAUGCUGGCGCGGCGCCGGGUGACGGGCCCGGGCAGGCCCUGCAAGCCCUCCAACACCUUCGUGCACGCCCCGCCCGCCGAGCUGGUGGCCGCCUGCUCGCAGGCGCCCGACCCUGCGACGGGCUUCCAGAGCACGCCGAGCGCGCUGAGCCUGACCAUGUGCCGCCUGCGCGGCGGGGACACGCGGCCGCCGUGCAACUACCGCGCCCGCCAGGCCCAGCAGCACGUGCGCGUGGCCUGCCGCGACGGGCUGCCCGUGCACCUGGCCGGCACCUACACGGCCCCGCAGUGA